CCCGUUUUCCCCAUCCCCUCCUAUUAUUCUUAUUCUUUUGAGUAUUCUUCAUUGUCAAGCCGCCAAAGUGGAGAGUGUGAUUGCAGAAGGGGGUGCUUCUCGUUUCAGCGAGUUCCUGGGGAAAACCCCAGGGCAAAGCGUUCAGAGAUGGGUUCCUUCACGAAGCACUAGACGAGAUGCCAACUCCAGCAACGAGAAAGAGCGACACGAUGCAAUCUUCAGGAAAGUGAGGGGCAUACUCAACAAACUCACGCCUGAAAAGUUUGACAAGCUAUGCCUUGAGCUCCUGAAUGUGGGCGUAGAUUCAAAACUCGUCCUUAAAGGAAUCAUCUUGCUGAUUGUAGACAAAGCCCUAGAAGAGCCAAAAUAUAGCUCGCUCUAUGCUCAGCUAUGUCUGCGCUUGGCAGAGGACGCUCCAAACUUUGAUGGCCCUUCAUCUGAGAUCCAAACAUCCCAAAAGCAGAGCACAACCUUCAGAAGACUGCUGAUUUCCAAGCUUCAAGAUGAAUUUGAAAAUCGCACCAGAAAUGUUGAAAUCUAUGACAAACAUGACAACCCUCUCACUUCUGAGGAGGAGGAGCAGCGUGCCAUCGCCAAGAUCAAGAUGCUUGGCAACAUUAAAUUCAUCGGGGAACUUGGCAAACUUGACCUCAUCCAUGAAUCUAUCCUUCAUAAGUGCAUCAAAACACUUCUGGAAAAGAAGAAGAGAGUCCAGCUCAAGGAUAUGGGAGAGGAUCUGGAAUGCCUCUGUCAGAUAAUGAGAACAGUGGGGCCGAGACUCGACCAUGAGAAAGCAAAGUCUUUAAUGGAUCAGUACUUUGGCCGUAUGCGAUCCUUAAUGAACAACAAGGAGCUGCCUGCCAGGAUCCGCUUCCUGCUGCAAGACACAGUGGAGCUGCGUGAAAACAACUGGGUCCCCCGCAAGGCCUUCAUCGACAACGGACCAAAGACGAUUAACCAGAUCCGUCAGGACGCAGUGAAGGAUUUGGGUGUUUUCAUCCCAGCACCCAUGUCUCAGGGGAUGAGGAUGGACUUCUUCCUGGAAAGCCCUUUCAUGCCCAACAGAAUGAAACUGGACAGGGAGACUCUUGGGGGAUUGGCCGACAUGUUUGGACAGAUGCCAGGCAGCGGGAUCGGAACCGGACCGGGUGUUAUUCAGGACAGGUAUUCGCCCACUAUGGGACGCCAUCGCACCAACCCACUCUUCAACGGCCACAGCGGCCACAUUGCGCCUCCUCAGCAGUCGCAGUUUGACAUGGGGCCCAAGUCUUUUGUUAAGUCCAACCAGGUUCAGAACCAACAUUUCCUCAACCAGAGCCAGAACCACAUGAGCCAGCAGCAGGCUCAGUCCAAGGACAUGCCUCCACGUUUCAGCAAGAAAGGACAGCUCAAUGCAGAUGAGAUCAGCCUACGGCCGGCUCAGUCAUUCCUCCUCAACAAGAACCAGGUGCCCAAGCUUCAGCCUCAGAUCCCCACUAUGAUGCCUCCCAGUGCUCAGCCGCCCCGCACCCAGACCCCUCCACUAGGACAGCCUCCACAGCUUGGCCUGAAGACCAACCCUCCACCCAUCCAGGAGAAACCCCAGAAGACCAACAAAAAGCCGCCUCCUGCUAAAGAGGAGCUUCUGAAAACCACAGAGGCCAUCAUGACUGAGUACUUGAACACGAAGAACCUGACUGAAGCCGUGGGCGGCGUGCGGGAGAUGAAAGCGCCGAAGCACUUCCUGCCAGAGAUGCUCAGUAAGAUCAUCGUUUGCUCCCUGGACCGGCCCGAUGAAGACAAGGAGCACGCCAGCACUCUGAUCCACGCCCUGCGCGCCGACGGCCUCAUCACCGGAGAAAACUUCAUGCAGGCUUUCCUCAACGUCCUGGACCUGUGCCCAAAGAUCGAGCUGGACGUGCCUCUGGUGAAGUCCUACCUGGCCCAGUUUGCAGCUCGGGCCGUCAUGGCGGAGCUGGUGAGCGUGGCGGAGCUGGCCCACCCGCUGGAGAAUGGCACCCACUUCCCACUCUUCCUGCUCUGCCUGCAGCAGACGGCCAAGCUGAAGGACCGCGAGUGGCUCACUGAGCUCUUCCAGCAGAGCAAAGUCAACAUGCAGAAGAUGCUUCCAGAAAUCGAUCAGAACAAGGACCGCAUGCUGGAGGUUCUGGAGGGGAAGGGGCUGAGCUUCCUAUUCCCACUGCUGAAGCUGGAGAAGGAGCUGCUGAAGCAGAUCAAGGCCGACCCAUCACCACAGUCCAUCUACAAGUGGAUUAAAGACAACAUCUCACCCAGGCUGCACACCGACAAAGGCUUCGUCAACAUCCUCAUGACAAGUUUCCUCCAGUACAUCUCCCAGGAGCUGUGUAUGGCGGAGGGUGACGACCAGCUGGCAGCCCCCUCCAAGGAGCAGCUGGAGCAGGAGAAGCAACUGCUGCUGGCCUUCAAACCCGUCAUGCAGAAGUUCCUGCACGACCACACCGAGCUGCAGGUCAGCGCCCUGUAUGCGCUGCAGGUGCACUGCAACGCCAGCAGCUUCCCUAAAGGUAUGCUGCUGCGCUACUUUGUCAACUUCUACGACAUGGAGAUCAUUGAAGAAGAAGCCUUCCUAGCAUGGAAAGAAGACAUCACUCAAGAAUUCCCUGGAAAAGGAAAAGCUUUAUUCCAGGUGAACCAGUGGCUGACUUGGCUGGAGACGGCAGAGGAAGAGGAGUCUGAGGAAGAAGCAGACUGAGAAACAGAGCA